AUGCAUAUGGAGAUGGAAAAUCUAAAUCUCUUCUUUCCUGUCUCUGUUCUCUUUGCCAUAUGUGCUCUCCUCUUUUUCGUUUUCAAGUACUCUACUUCCAAUUCCAAACCCAAUAACCUUCCUCCUGGAAGUUUUGGAUGGCCAAUUAUUGGUGAGACCUUCGCAUUCAUCAACGAAACGCAGCAAAGAUUUGUCGGGGACAGAAUGAAAAGACACUCCUCAAAGCUCUUCAAAACCAACAUCUUCGGCGAGCCAACCGUCGUGUUUUGUGGCAUUUCCGGUCACAAAUUCAUCGCUUCCAACGAGGAGAAACUAUUCUUGGCAUGGCGACCACACUCCAUGCAGAAGCUCUUCCGCUCAUCUUAUCAAAAAGCUGCUUCCCAGGCCACCAUACCCCGAGCCGAUGCAGUUCAAAUCUAUCGUGCCCCCGGUUUUCUUAAACCCGAAGCUCUCGUUCGGUACAUAGAAACCAUGGAUACUUUGGUUCAGGAGCACUUGAAGCUUCACUGGGAUGGCAAAAGCACAGUUGAGGUGUACCAUCUAGCUCAGCUACUUGUGAUGACUCUAUCUGCACGCUUCUUCACCGGACUCGAAGACAACCAUGGCCGCACGGAAAGGUUUACGGAAUUGAUGAACAUCAUAACUUCAGGGCUGCACACUGUUCCUUUGAGUGUUCCAGGAACCACCUUCUACCGUGCAAUGAAAGCCGCGGAUGCGAUGAGGAAGGAGGUUCUUUUGUUGAUCAAGGAGAAGAAAGCAGCAAUGUCUAGUGGAGUCCAAAUGCAUGAUAUCAUGUCUUUCAUGUUGUUUAACGCAGAUCCCACCGGUCGUUUCGUACCGGAGAACGAAGUUGCUGAUAAAAUUAUGGGUUUGAUGGCCGGUGGAUUCCACUCGCCUUCCAUGGCUACAAGUUAUCUAAUCAAGUAUCUCGGAGAGAACCCUGAAAUAUGUGACAAAAUCCGAACAGGUAACUUAAGUAAUUUCUAG